AUGAAACUUUUGUUGAGUAUUUUUUUAGAAGAGAAUCCUAUUUACAAUAUAACGACAAGUCUUAUUCUAGUGGAUGAGAUAAAUAGAAUGUUAAAUAUAACGACAACUCUAUCACUGGAGCCCGCACAGCCCAUUUGGCCUGUGAUAAUAGGCUGUAUAGCAGGAAUACUGCUACUAGCUGUUAUAGUAUUCGUGAUGUAUAAGUAUGGAUUCUUCUCCCGCCAACGUCGCGAAGACUUAAAACGCCUUCAAGAGCAAUGUCAAUCAGAACCAAGCACUUCUAUGUGCGAUGUCCACUUCGCUGCAGAAGAAUCCAGCACGGAGCUAUUGUCAGACUCUGAAUAG